ACCCAACGUUUACGACAUAGCAUUGAAGUACUAUUCUAAUAUCGCUCUCUGUUAUUUUGUAAGAAUAUCGUAAUAUUCUUAAAAAUGGACAACAAGGAGAAGUCUCUCGUUUUGGAUAAACCUGGACAGAAAGCCUUGAUGGUAGCUAAACGUAAAGAAUUUAGCGGUCUUGUCAAAAAACCAAAGAAAAAUGUUUUGGGCGAAGAUACAUACACGGAGCAAGUAGAAAACAUCAUUGAAAGGGAUUUUUUCCCCGACUUACCUAUGUUAAAAGCAGAGAAAGAGUAUAUGGAAGCCGUUGAGAAGAAGGAUUACGCCAAAUUAAGAGAAUUACAUUUGAAACAUGGCGGUAAGUUUACUCCUAUGUAUUCGAACCAUGGUGGAACGCCAUUACUCUCCGUUCCUCAACCCGAGUCUGAAAUGAACCCUUUGACUGGUGAAAAAGUGAUAGGACCGGAAGACGAAAGUUUAAAGAAGGAAAAUCCAGACAUAAACCCGGAGAAAAAGAAUGAUGGUAAUCUGACACUCGAUAAAUAUCUUUCGAAGAAUACCAGCGAAGAUAACGAAUCCUUUUCGGAAAUUAUGCGAGAAAAUGAUAUAAAACACCGUUUAAAACACGCCUGGUUAUAUAAAAAUUCUGCUGAUGAGGCAACAAAUAGUCAAAAAGCUUUACCUAGUAUAGAAGAUCAGGCGAAAGAACCCCAAAAGGCCCUAGCUACUUGGAAUUAUAAAGGAAAGAAUGAACUUAUGUACUUUCCUGAAGGAAUGGAAUAUUCAGAGCAAGAAAAAAUUGAACAACAAAAAAUUGCGCCUCGAGAAAUUGUUCAUAAAAAUACAAGAUUACAAAAGAAAAUGUCGGUUGAAGACGCCGCCAAAAGUUUGAAGGACGCAACUAGCAAUGCCAUUCACCAAUUAAAAGGAAAAUAUGGAAUAGAUGGUAAAGAAUUAGCUGCAACCACGCCCGGUGCCGGGGGCUAUGGUUAUUUGGCUACCCCGUCGCCUUGUCCAGGCGUUAACGAAUCGCCACUUAUGUCUUGGGGUAAUAUUGCUUCUACGCCUGCCAGAUUAGAUCCACCCAGCACGCCAUCUGUUGAUAGCGGGCCGAUUUUUAAGGUACCCGACUUGCCUCAAAGAGAUAAGAUCGCCCUAGAGCUUUCUGAAAAAAACUUAAAAGCCCACCGGGAUAAAAAGAAUAAAACUUUACAACACGUACACUCGUCAUUCCAUACACCAAAAUUUGGAAGUUCAUCACUUUCUCCAGCUGGUCAUAACUUACAGAGAAAGUUGGGCAUCCGUACAUCAACGGAUAAAGCUCUCAAGUCGUCUUACACUCCAUCGCCCAAGGCUAAAACCCCUACAACGCCCAUAAAUGACAGGAGCACGCCCACAUUGUUGGGUAAGAGGACACCAUCAUUAACAGAUAACCUUCUAGUAAAAAGAAAGAGACAAACUGAACAUAAAAGUGAACGAGAAUUGAAUGUUCAAGACAAGUAUUCGCCAUUAGUUAAGUCGAGAAGUGAAAGAGUUAGAUCCGCUGCUUCCGAUUUCUUUUAGUAUGUAUAUAUAAAUAUUAGUAUAUAUAUUUUUAUACAAGUUAACUUUAUUGAGAAAAUGUUAAAAACUGUUUAGAAAUAUUUGUUCAUUCUAUGACCAUAUUUGUAAUUUUGGCCUACUUAAUCGAGCAGAUCAAUUAACAGUACCUAAAUUAUUGGUUGAGAGGUUGAAAAUAUAACUAAAAUUACCGGAAUUAUCAAUUAUAAAGUAAAUAAAUGAUACAUAAAUAUUGGCCCAUAAAUUUCUUUUUCCUUUCAUUCUUUCUUUCUUUCUAUCAAUCAAUCUAUCUAUACAUCUAUCUAUCUAUCUAUCUAUCUAUCUCUCUCUCUCUCUAUCUCUCACUCACUCACUGAAUGAGAAAAGUACUGUAUUUUUACUAGAGUCUUUUGUCGUUUCGAAAUGGAACAAACUCAUAAUAGUACUCAGUGCAAAUUGAAUAUACAUUGACAAGAUAUUGUUAAAAUUUGAGAGUGUAUAUGGCUUUAAACUAUUACGGAAUGUUAGAUAAAGGCCUAUGUGGCAAUGUUUACAGGAAUUUUAUUGCGGCAUUCCAUAUAUAGGACAAAAAGGAAAGGUAAAGAGAGGUAGAGAGCAGAGAGAGAGAGAGAGAGAGAGAGAGAGAGAGAGAGAGAGAGAGAGAG